UCAAAAGCUCCAACUAUGGCUGAAAUAAGGCUAAGGUUGACUGAAAAUGAAGUGUCCACCAAUGGUAGGACUGGGGCUGUUUCAUGGUUGAUCGAGGGUAUCAACAUAGAAAAUGCUCAAGAUGGCCUACGUUCUUCUAUAAGACAACUGCCAGAGGAUCCAACUGCUUCUCAGAGAACUCUGAUAGAAGAAAAAAGGUAG